GUGACUGGCAACGUCGUUUCGUUCGUCCGUCGCCGAAAGAAAUCGAGAAUUUCAGAAGAUUUUUGGAUUCUACUGCCCCACAAGGCAGUGCAGCUUCUUCUCUUCUUCUUCUUAGCCGCGGCGCGGGUGUGCGGUGUGUGCGUGUGUGCCCCCAUCUCUCUCUGUCACUGUGUGUGUACGUCGUGUGUGUGUGAGUGCGUGUGUGCCGAAGAAUCCCCUCCCCCUCCACCCACUUCAUACAACAAGAAGAAAUUCAUCAACAAAAAUCAAAGAAAUUCAAUGCAAAAGAAUGAAUCUCGCUUGCCAAGAAGAAGAAACGUAUUGAUCAUAUUUAUAAACAAAACAGCACACAGCCAAAUCACAAGUCACAAGUCACAGAUCACAAAACAACAAGGACUAAACGAACGUUGAAUAUAAUAUAACUGUUUAUUAUUUUUUUCAAGUGCAUUUUGGUUCGCUAAAAUACAAUGUGCGCGCGUAUGAGUGUCAAGUGUAAACAACAACAACAACAGCAACAACAACGACAGCAAACAUGUGCAAAAUAAGUCACAGCCAGAAAGCAACAACAGCAACAACAACUACGAAUACAACUACUGCAACAACGGCAACAUAAUUAUAAUGGCUUGAAAGAAAUCACACACACAACAACAACAACAUCAACAACUCAACAACAGGCAACAACCAAAACAACAACAUCAUACCCUCACCAUUCAACAACGACAACAAUUACAACUACAACAACAAAAUCCCCCACACAACAACAACAGCAGCAAGAAGAAGAACCAACCGCCUUCCAAAAAAUCCAAAAGAUUCUUUUUCCGGAAACUAAAGUGAACAAAUUAAGAAACACAUAACACAUAACCAACAAUCAAUCAACCAUAAGCAUAAUAAUAAUAAUAAUAACACACCGAAAUUGGCUUAUUUAUGCAUUUUUUUGAGCACGUAACAAGAAACAUAAUACUUAAGGUGUAAAUGUGAUGACUAAAAACGACAAACAACCAAUUUAUAACAACAACCAACUAACAAACUAAAUCGAAACGACAAACAGAAAAGCUGAACUGCAAACAGCAUAGAACAUAACUAUAAUGCCAGGCCUUAUAGCCUUAUUAGCCCCAAAAUUGGUAGAAUCCAAAAACUGAAAAAGCAACAAACAACAAACAAACAAACAAACAAAACAAAAAAGCAUAAGCACAAAAGAACUGACUGAGAAUUAUUGAAUUAACCCAAGAAAGCCCACGAAUGCAGCCAACAUUGCCACAAGCCGCUGGGACAGCCGAUAUGGAUCUGACGGCUGUUCAAUCAAUCAACGAUUGGUUUUUCAAAAAGGAGCAAAUUUAUUUAUUGGCACAGUUUUGGCAACAGCGCGCAACCCUUGCCGAAAAGGAAGUGAACACACUCAAAGAGCAGCUAUCCACCGGCAAUCCCGACAGCAAUCUCAACAGCGAGAAUAGCGAUACAGCAGCAGCGGCAGCAACAGCAGCAGCAGCAGUUGCAGCAGUUGUUGCAGGCGCAACAGCGACCACCAACGAGCACAUCGAGGACGAGCAACAGUUGCAACAACAGUUGCAGCAAACGGACAGCGAGAAGCUGCUGAACAGCUCCAUUGUUGCAGCGGCCAUAACGCUGCAACAGCAGAACGGCAGCAAUCUGCUGGCAAACACAAACACGCCGUCGCCCUCGCCGCCGUUGCUCAGCGCCGAGCAGCAGCAGCAGUUGCAUAGCACAUUGCAACAGAGCGGCGGUGUUGGCGGUGUUGGCGGCGCUUGCCUCAAUCCCAAACUCUUCUUCAAUCACGCCCAGCAGAUGAUGAUGAUGGAGGCGGCAGCCGCGGCAGCAGCGGCGGCCUUGCAACAGCAGCAGCAGCAGCAACAGCAAUCGCCCCUCCACUCGCCGGCGAACGAAGUUGCCAUUCCCACAGAACAGCCAGCGGCAACAGUUGCAACUGGAGCAGCAGCAGCAGCAGCAGCAGCAGCAACCACGCUUGCCACUGGCAACAUGAAGAGCGGCAACACCGGCAGCAACGUCAAUCACAACAACAGUCACCAGGACGAGGAGGAGCUGGACGACGAAGCGGAGGAGGAGGACGAGGACGAGGAGGAGGCGGAGGCGGAGGCGGAGCCGGAAGAGGCGGAAGAGGAGGAUGAGGAAGAGGAUGAUGAGGAGGAGAAUGCCUCGAUGCAAUCGAAUGCUGAUGACAUGGAGCUGGAUGCACAGCAAGAAACCAGAACUGAGCCAAGUGCAACAACGACACAACAGCAGCAGGAUGCAGAUGCAGAUGCAGAGGAUCUUGCGGCGAAGAAGGAGGAUGCGGGGGAGGCUAGUUUAAAUGUUAGCAAUAAUCACAAUACAAGCGAUAGCAAUAAUAGUUGUAGUCGAAAGAACAACACUGGCAGUGGCGGCAAUGGCAGUGGCAACGAGAGUAACAUGCAACAUGUGGCCAGUUCGGCGGAGGACGAUGAUUGCGCCAACAACAAUACGAAUACCAGCAAUAACAACAAUACCAGCAACACGGCCACCAGCAACACCAACGCGAACAACAACAACAAUAAUAAUAAUAAUAACAACAACAGCACCAACAACAACAAUAACAACAACAACAAUCACAGCAGCAGCGGCAACAGCGAGAAGCGCAAGAAGAAGAACAAUAACAACAACAAUGGCCAGCCUGCUGUGCUACUAGCUGCCAAAGACAAAGAGAUUAAAGCACUGCUGGACGAGCUGCAACGCUUGAGGGCCCAGGAGCAGACGCACCUGGUGCAGAUCCAGCGACUGGAGGAGCACCUGGAGGUCAAGCGCCAGCACAUCAUCCGCCUGGAGGCGCGUCUGGACAAGCAGCAGAUCAACGAGGCGCUGGCCGAGGCCACCGCCCUGGCAGCUGCCGCCGCCACCAACAACAACAACAAUAGCCAGAGCAGCGACAACAACAAGAAGCUGAAUGCCGCCGAAAGAGCACUGGAUGCCGAUCUGCCGGAGUCCACAAAGGCGCCACUGGCAACGGCGAACGAGGAUGAGGAUGAGGAUCAGGCCAUGCUGGUGGACACCGAGGAAGCGGAGGAGAAGCCAGAGGAGUCGCAUCAUCACGAUGAGGACGACGAGGAGGAGGAGGGCGAGGAUCGGGAGGCGGUCAAUGCCAACACCACCACCAACACCAACUCCAUCGACAGCAACGAGCUCAAAAUCAAAAAGGAACAGCACAGUCCGCUGGAUCUGAAUGUGCUCAGUCCGAACUCGGCGAUCGCCGCUGCCGCCGCGGCCGCCGCUGCCGCCGCCUGCGCCAACGACCCCAACAAAUUCCAGGCACUGCUCAUCGAGCGGACCAAGGCCCUGGCCGCCGAGGCGCUCAAGAACGGCGCCAGCGACGCCCUCAGCGAAGAAACCAACCGAAAUCGUGCAGCAGAAGAAGAAGACGCAGUGUCGCCAGCAGCAAGUGCAACUGCAAGUGCCACACUAGCAACACUUGCAGCACUUGCAACACCUGCAACACUAGCCACAACUGCAACACUGGCCACAACUGCAGCACUUGCAACAACUGCAGCACUUGCAACAACUGCAGCACUUACCAAAACUGCAACACUAGCCACCACUGCAACUCUGGCCACCACUGCAGCACUGGCCACAACUGCAACACUUGCAACAACUGCAGCACUUGCAACACGUGCCACACCUGCAGCACCUGCAACAGUGGCAAGCUCCAUUGAAACCCUCGGCCAGUGCGAGUCGCAGGCAAAAGCCGUGCAUGACAUGGCGGCGCCCAAGCAGGAAAUCGAAGAAGUGGACGACGACGACGAUGAGGAGGUGGAGGAGGAGGAUGCCACCGAUGAGCAGCAACUGGUCAACGACUAUUGGCGCCGCGGCUUUGUCGCCGAUUCGGCAAUGCCACGGAGCAAAACGCCAACAAUUUAUCAAAAUUUUAAGCUCGAGCAGCAGCAGCAGCAGCAGCAGGCACAGUUGCUGCCACCGCCGCCGCCGCCGCCGCCACCAGCAACAACAGCACCACCCCUUUCGCAGCAACAACAUCUACACUUUUCACAGCAACAACAGCAACAGCAACAACAACAACAUUUACAACACCAGCAGCAGCAGCAGCAACAUGGACCAUCGUCCACCGCGCUGCUUAGUCAACUGGUUAACUCAACAUUUUCCAACUCUUCAAACUCUUCCCGCCUAGAUGCCCACCACCACCACCAGCAGCAGCAGCACCACCACCAGCACCACCAGCAGCAGCAGCAGCACCACCACCAGCAGCAGCAGCACCACCAGCAGCAGCAACACCUCCACCAGCAACACCACCAUCACCUGCAACAGCAGCAGCCGAACAGCGGCAGCAGCAACAGCAAUGCGGCAAGCAACGACCAUCAUCAUGGUCACCACUUGCAUGGCCAUGGUCAUGGCGGUCUGCUGCAUCCGUCGGCGGCGCACCAUCUGCACCACCAGGCGAACGAAUCGAACUCCAAUUCGAGCACACCCACCGCGGUGGGUGGCAAUGCCAGCGGUAGCGGUGGCAACAGUGCGAGUGGCAACAGCAGCAACGCCAACAGCAAUGCCGCCCAAUUGGCGGCCAGUUUGGCCAGCACGCUGAAUGGCGGCAAGUCGCUGUUGCAGGAUGCCGAUGCCAGCAAUGGCCUGGCCACCGCUGCCGCCAUGGCCGCACAUGCCCAGCAUGCGGCGGCUACCCUGGGACCGGGCUUUCUGCCCGGCCUGCCGCCGGCGUUUCAAUUUGCCGCCGCCGCCCAAGUGGCCGCCGGUGGCGAUGGGCGUGGCCAUUACCGUUUCGCCGACUCGGAACUGCAAUUGCCACCGGGCGCCUCGAUGGCCGGCCGUCUGGGCGAAUCGCUAAUACCCAAAGGUGAUCCCAUGGAGGCCAAGCUGCAGGAGAUGCUGCGCUACAACAUGGACAAGUACGCCAAUCAGGCGCUGGAUACCCUGCACAUCUCGCGACGCGUACGCGAACUGCUCUCGGUGCACAACAUUGGCCAGCGACUCUUCGCCAAGUACAUACUGGGCCUGUCGCAGGGCACCGUCUCCGAGCUGCUGAGCAAACCCAAGCCCUGGGACAAGCUGACGGAGAAGGGACGCGACAGCUACCGCAAGAUGCACGCCUGGGCCUGUGACGACAACGCCGUCAUGCUGCUCAAGUCGCUGAUACCCAAGAAAGAUUCUGGACUGCCGCAGUAUGCGGGUCGCGGUGCCGGCGGCGCUGGCGGCGAUGAUUCCAUGUCCGAGGACCGCAUUGCCCACAUCCUCAGCGAGGCCUCCUCGCUGAUGAAGCAGAGCAGCGUGGCCCAGCAUCGCAGCCACGGCGGCGAGGACUCGCACAGCAACGAGGACAGCAAGUCGCCGCCGCAGAGCUGCACCUCGCCCUUCUUCAAGGUGGAGCAGCAGCUGAAGCAGCAGCACCAGCACCUCAAUCCCGAGCAGGCCGCCGCCGCCCAGCAGCGGGAGCGGGAGCGCGAGCAGCGGGAGCGGGAGCGGGAGCAGCAGCAGCGACUGCGGCACGAGGAUCUGGCCCAGGACAAGAUGGCGCGUCUCUACCAGGAGCUGAUUGCACGCACGCCACGCGAGACGGCUUUUCCAAGCUUUCUCUUCUCACCCUCGCUGUUUGGAGGAGCCGCCGGCAUGCCGGGCGCAGCCAGCAACGCCUUUCCCGCCAUGGCCGACGAGAACAUGCGCCACGUCUUCGAGCGCGAGAUUGCCAAGCUGCAGCAGCACCAGCAGCAGCAGCAGGCGGCACAGGCUCAGGCCCAGGCCCAGUUCCCGAACUUCUCCAGCCUGAUGGCGCUGCAGCAGCAGGUGCUGAACGGCGCCCAGGAUCUCUCGCUGGCCGCCGCCGCCGCCAAGGACAUCAAGCUGAACGGCCAGCGCUCCUCGCUGGAGCACAGCGCCGGCAGCAGCAGCUGCUCCAAGGAUGGCGAACGCGAUGACGCCUACCCCAGCUCGCUGCAUGGUCGCAAGUCCGAGGGUGGCGGCACACCCGCACCACCUGCCCCACCAUCGGGCGGGCCAGGAGCCGUUGCCGGAGCCGGUGUGCCCAGCGGUGCAGCCGCACCAGCAGCCGGCGGUGCGAGCAGCAAUUCGGCUGCGCCCAGUCCGCUGAGCAACUCCAUCCUGCCGCCGGCACUGAGCAGCCAGGGCGAGGAGUUCGCGGCGACGGCCAGUCCGCUGCAGCGCAUGGCCUCGAUCACCAACUCGCUGAUCACCCAGCCGCCGGUGACGCCGCACCACAGCACACCGCAGCGACCCACCAAGGCGGUGCUGCCGCCCAUCACCCAGCAGCAGUUCGACAUGUUCAACAACCUCAACACCGAGGACAUCGUGCGGCGCGUGAAGGAGGCGCUGUCGCAGUACUCCAUCUCGCAGCGCUUGUUUGGCGAAUCCGUGCUGGGUUUGUCGCAGGGAUCGGUGUCCGAUCUGCUGGCCAGGCCCAAGCCGUGGCACAUGCUCACGCAGAAGGGACGGGAGCCGUUCAUACGCAUGAAGAUGUUCCUGGAGGACGAGAAUGCGGUGCACAAGCUGGUGGCCAGCCAGUACAAGAUCGCGCCCGAGAAGCUGAUGCGCACGGGCAGCUACAGCGGCAGUCCGCAGAUGCCGCAGGGACUGGCCAGCAAGAUGCAGGCCGCCUCGCUGCCCAUGCAGAAGAUGAUGAGCGAACUGAAGCUGCAGGAGCCGGCACAGGCGCAGCACCUCAUGCAGCAAAUGCAGGCGGCGGCCAUGUCCGCAGCCAUGCAGCAGCAGCAGCAGCAGGUGGCACAGGCGCAGCAGCAGGCGCAGCAGCAAGCGCAACAGCAGGCCCAGCAGCAUCUGCAGCAGCAGGCGCAACAGCACCUGCAACAGCAGCAGCAUCUCGCCCAGCAGCAACACCCCCAUCAGCAGCACCACCAAGCGGCCGCCGCCGCCGCCGCCUUGCACCACCAGAGCAUGUUGCUCACCUCGCCGGGCCUGCCACCCCAGCACGCCAUCAGUCUGCCCCCCUCGGCGGUGGGUGGCGCCCAGCCAGGCGGUCCCGGUGGCAACCAGGGCGGCUCCAGUCAAGCGAACAGCGACAAGAAGCCGAUGCUGAUGCCGGUGCACGGCACCAAUGCCAUGCGCAGCCUGCACCAGCACAUGUCGCCCACCGUGUACGAGAUGGCCGCCUUGACCCAGGACCUGGACACGCACGACAUCACCACCAAGAUCAAGGAGGCGCUGCUGGCCAACAAUAUUGGCCAGAAGAUAUUCGGCGAAGCCGUUCUGGGACUCUCUCAGGGAUCCGUGUCCGAGCUGCUGAGCAAACCCAAGCCCUGGCACAUGCUCUCCAUCAAGGGCAGGGAACCAUUCAUCCGGAUGCAGUUGUGGCUCAGCGAUGCCAACAACGUGGAGCGAUUGCAGCUGCUGAAGAACGAGCGACGGGAGGCCAGCAAGCGGCGCAGGAGCACGGGCCCCAAUCAGCAGGACAACAGCAGCGACACCUCCAGCAACGACACCAAUGACUUCUACACCAGCAGUCCGGGCCCGGGAUCCGUGGGCUCCGGCGUCGGCGGUGCUCCGCCGAGCAAAAAGCAGCGCGUCCUCUUCUCCGAGGAGCAGAAGGAGGCACUGCGCCUGGCAUUCGCCCUGGAUCCGUAUCCCAAUGUGGGCACCAUCGAGUUCCUGGCCAACGAGCUGGGCCUGGCCACGCGCACCAUCACCAACUGGUUCCACAAUCAUCGCAUGCGCUUGAAGCAACAGGUGCCGCACGGCCCGGCCGGCCAGGAUAAUCCGAUACCGAGUCGCGAGAGCACCAGUGCCACGCCCUUCGAUCCCGUCCAAUUCCGCAUCCUGCUGCAGCAGCGCCUGCUGGAGCUGCACAAGGAGCGCAUGGGCAUGAGCGGUGCCCCCAUUCCCUAUCCGCCCUACUUCGCUGCCGCCGCCAUCUUGGGCCGCAGUCUGGCGGGGAUUCCCGGUGCCGCAGCGGCCGCUGGCGCAGCUGCAGCAGCCGCCGCCGUUGGCGCCUCCGGCGGCGAUGAGUUGCAGGCAUUGAAUCAGGCAUUCAAGGAGCAGAUGAGCGGCCUGGAUCUGUCGAUGCCCACACUGAAGCGGGAGCGCAGCGACGACUAUCAGGAUGACCUGGAGCUGGAGGGCGGCGGUCACAAUCUGAGUGACAACGAGUCGCUGGAGGGCCAGGACCAGGAGCAGGACAAGACCACCGACUACGAGAAGGUGCUGCACAAAUCCGCACUGGCCGCCGCCGCCGCCUACAUGUCCAAUGCCGUGCGCAGUUCGCGACGCAAGCCCGCUGCCCCCCAGUGGGUCAAUCCCGCCGGUGCGGUGACCAAUCCCAGUGCCGUGGUGGCAGCCGUUGCUGCCGCCGCCGCUGCAGCGGCGGACAAUGAGCGCAUCAUCAACGGUGUGUGCGUGAUGCAGGCAUCCGAGUACGGACGUGAUACGGAUGCGGAUGGCCAGAAGACCACGGAUGGCGGCAACGAUUCCGAUCACGAGCACGCCCAGCUGGAGAUCGAUCAGCGUUUCAUGGAGCCGGAGGUGCACAUCAAGCAGGAAGAGGACGACGACGAUGAGCCAUCGGCAGCGAUGCCACUCGACGGCGAGGACACGGCGAGCAGUGAGCAGCAGAAGCUGAAGGUGAUCAACGAGGAGAAGCUGCGCAUGGUGCGAGUUCGCCGACUGAGCAGCACUGGCGCCGCCUCCUCCGACGAGAUGCCAGCUCCCCUGGCGCCACCACCACCACCUCCAUCAGCGGCAGCCACCGCCUCCUCCGCCACCAGCGGGGACAGCUCCACCACCAGCAGCAGCACCACCAGCAGCAGCAGCAGCAGCAGCAACAGCGGCAGCAGCAGCACAGCAGCGGUGACCACUGCGGCAGCCGCUUGGAAUUACUAAAUGCAAUGUGUAGAGAGCGGAGAGCGAAGAGCGGAGAUGGAAACGCGUUUACUUGUGAUUAAGUUUGAAUGUUUAAACGAUGUGAGGACCCAGGAGACAUACAUACAUACAUACAUACAUACAUGCAUACAUACAUACAUAUAAAUAGCACUUAGGCACUAGAAAACUAUAUACUUUUUUUUGUUUUUUUUUUAUUAAACAUUAACUACUAAAUAUAGGCGUUAGUUGUAGCCGUUAAGGUAGCCUUAGGUUGAGGAGUUGUAAUAGUUGUAGCUAAAAGUUUAGAGACGCUAUGCGAAGAUGAUGAAAAUGAUCAUAAAUAUGUUCAUAAUAAUGAAUGAUGAUGAUAAGGAUGAUUAGGAUGAGCAGCGCAAAAGUAUUAAUGAGAAAAUAAACCCCAUUUAAGAACCCCGACUUGCCGAAGAACUUUAACCAAAAUGUCGAGAUGCGAUUGAUAGUGAAAGAUUUGAUCUUGCAAAGAUGUUCGAUUUCGAUUUCGAUUUUUCGAUUUGUUUCUACUUGAAGACUGCAAGCAAAGGCGGUAGGAUUGAUAACUACACACGUAAUUCUAUUCUAUACAUACAUAGAUAUCUUUUUUUUUGACAAACUAUUAUAUGAUUAUUAGCAGUUUAGCUGGUUAAGUGUAAAUAAAUAAUUAAAUGAAUGACGAUGAUUGACGAUUGACAAUUGACGAUUGACAAUUGACGAUUGACGGUGUACAUAGAUUUCUCGCGAGGCAUGAUCUUGCUGUCGUUCUUCCUAAACAAAAAUCCUACCUUCUACCACCACCCUCAGCAACCGACUUGUUUAACUAUCUUUUGAUCUCAAGCAAAAAAAAACAAAACAAAACAAAACAAAAACGAAAACGAUAACGAAAAGGAAACAAAGCAAAGUAAAGCAGAAAUUGAUAGGGGAAAUGUGGAAGGAAGGGAAUGAAAAUCCAAAGUAAAAGAUAGUUAAAAGCAGAAAAGUUUUCCCUCAUUUUGUUGCCCAAAACUAAAAAUAUAAAUAAUAUUAACAUGUCGAUGAGGAACGGAAAGGCAAAUCGAGAACAAAAAAUAUAUAACAAUAAACUUUGUAAAUUCUGAAUUUACAUAAAAAAUCCCACACACACACACAUAUAUAAUACGCCUACACACACACAAAACACAAACACAA